AUGAUCUGCUGUGUGCUGUUUCAGGCUCAUACGGAGGAACAGGAUGAGCUCGAGGCUGAAGGACGGCGCUUCGCUCGAGAGCCGUGCCCAGACUCAAAAACAAAAAGGAUGGAAAAGUCCAAGCCGGAGUCUGAGAGGGACUCGGGCUUCUCAGACGGUGGCUCUGAGCAUCUGAGUGUGGACAGAGACGAGGCGUCCAGCUCCAGAUCACAGCUGACUCUGCAGGGGCCUCUCACCAGUGAUCCUCAUGAACAAACGUGCUUCCUAAAGCAGCCCGUGGGCCCCUUCGGUCCGCGGUGGUUUCCACACAGGACUCAGGUGGUCUUCCUUCAAACCCGUCGCCCACAAAGAUCCGCUCCGGUGCCGAAGGGACCCCCAUCAAAACGCCACCGACACAGAAAGUACCUCCCUAUCCUCAAAUCCUACCCCAAAAUCGCUCGCCUCAUCCCAGGAAAGGAGGAACGCGCGCGGAGCUCUAAAGAGCCAGCAAGAGCAACCCCGAGUCCACACAGACGCUCCCCCCCGCAGACGCUGCCAUCUGAUGCACCACACUCCGUUAACACGGACAACAAGAUUUUUGUAAAGCGCUUCUGCAACACGUACAACAUCCUCAGCAAGUCAGGCCUGCUGGACAUCACGCUGCGCACGAAAGAGCUGAUCCGGGAGAACCACGGCGUGCGGGGAACGCAGACGGAGCUGGAUCUCCUGCGCGAGCACCACCAGAAACCUGUUCAUGCAAGGCGCUGCAGACCGGAGGACACGUCGGUCAUCUGGAGCCAGCGAACUGACCAGCAUGCAAAGAGGAGGAGCGCAAGAGAAAGACACGGACAGUCAGCCCGAUCCCAGUGA